UGAGCCGCGCCGCCCGCCGUCCGCGGUCACGUGCCGGCCUCUGAGGCCGCGUGGAUCGCUGGGGCGACUCCGCCGGGCGCCAGGCAGGAAGGGAGGCGGCCGCCGCGGCAUUCUUAAAGGGACCUGCGAGAAGGCGACGGGCGCCGACGGCCGGAAGGAAAAUGAGUGAGUCUUUGGUGGUUUGUGAUGUUGCUGAAGAUUUAGUGGAAAAGCUGAGAAAAUUUCGUUUUCGCAAAGAAACGAACAAUGCUGCCAUUAUAAUGAAGAUUGACAAAGAUAAACGCCUGGUGGUGCUGGAUGAAGAGCUUGAGGGCAUUUCACCAGAUGAACUGAAAGAUGAACUACCUGAACGCCAACCUCGAACCUUCAUAGUGUAUAGUUACAAAUACCAACACGAUGAUGGGAGAGUUUCAUACCCUCUGUGCUUUAUUUUCUCCAGUCCUGUUGGAUGUAAGCCUGAACAACAGAUGAUGUAUGCUGGGAGUAAGAAUAAGCUAGUCCAGACAGCUGAACUCACCAAGGUAUUUGAAAUAAGAAAUACGGAAGACCUAACUGAAGAAUGGUUACGUGAGAAACUUGGAUUUUUCCACUAAUGUGAACUUCUGUGUUUCUGAAGUAUUUAUGUAUUAACCUGACCAUACUGGAAUCAGACAUAAAUACUUAUUUAUGCCUAAAAAUGCACUGUUACUUACAAGUUUGUUUUCUGCAGUAAAGAAAAAUUGUUCAUUUGUGCAAAGUUUGAACCAAGAGGAAAUCAUCUUCCUAGUAAUGAAACCUGGUGAAGUGUCUCCUGCCACUUGCCCUGCUCUCUCCAGGGACGCUUUGCACUCUUGUGACUAACUUCUAUAACCUAGAGUUCAGAAUGUGUUACUCUUUACAGACACCAUUGGAAAGUGGAUAUUAGAUUGUAAGAGACAACAGUUGCCUCCUUUUGACAAAUACUGGAUAUUAGCAGUUUAUGUAUGAAAAUAACACAUUAUCACAUGUCAAAUCAUUGAAAUUAAUUUAGGGUCAAAGACUUGAAUGAUCCACUAUUGAGCCAUGAGUAAUUUACGGUAGUGUGACUUGCACUAUGAGUACAUUUCUCAUCAAUUCUGUGUCUUCUUUGGUUUCCUGUCUUUUUUUAAUCAUGUCUAGAAACUGGGUUCAUCACUCACUCAUUCUUAAGAUCUGGGAGUUAGAUUUAGGUUUUCUUGUUAUGGAAAGUAGCAUCUUAGUCUUAGAAACUGGUGGGUGGUAAUAAUCAAGGGCUUCAUUCCUGGUUAUGUCAUUUCUAAAUAGUUUUAAAUGUAGGUGAAUAAUACUUUAUUUAUAAAGCACCGCCUACUGUCCUGUGAACACUAAUUACUUUAAAUGUGUUAAUACUGUGCCUUUGAUUUGUUAGCUUUAAAGUUAGUUUAAGACUUUUACACUGCCAGUAUUCCAGAUUUGGUGAAAUUAAUACUUUUUAAAGGGUCCAAGUAAAAUAAUUUUUUAAUGUGUAUAUCUGAAAUUUGUAAUAAAAUCAACUUCCUAUUAUUUUAAAAUUCCAACUAUCUGCUUGCAAUGGUGAAUCACAUACAUGGCAGUUGGGAGCUAUAAAUUUGGGUAUACUUGUGAUUAGUUUUGUGCCAUGGGGUGGGGAAUUGUUUACCUUAAAACUUUGGCUAUAGUUAAUAACAUUAACUUAUUAGUGGAAAUCACAUUUUACAUCCUAAAUGUCAGGAGAUAGAUAUUAUAGACUGGAGACUUGAGUGGCUAAUGUAAGUCUUGUUAGACAAUGGUAACCUUGGGAUAAAGCAGGGAUUCUACUACUUGGCACACUUUUAAGAACAUACAAGUAACCGUUUAACAUUAAUUUGAUAAUAGUUUUGAUAAUAGAUCUAGAGGCUCUAAAGACUAACCAAGUUUGGUGGAUGAAUUCUUUUUUUUUUUAAGCCAAAUUUUAUUUGAAUUUAAAAACAAUGCUUAUGAAACUUUAAAAGUUCCAAAGGCCAAAAAUUAUUGAAGGUCCAUACACAGAUAGGUAGGUGCUGGCUAUGGGUGACCCAGUCACUAAAGGCUUGUUUCUGUGCAUUCUCACUCUAGCAAGCUUAGCGAUAAAAGUACCUACGGCUUUUACCAUUGAUCCGCUAGAGUCCAGUGGUUCUCAACCUGUGGGUCGCGACAGGAACUGUAUUAAAGGGUUGCAGCAUUAGGAAGGUUGAAAACCACUGUGCUAGACAAAACCGUGGUGUCAGAGAACUAUUCCCAGAGCCAUGAUCAAUAACCCCAAAAGGAACAGGCACUCAGGGAGAGCCAAGCAUCGUAGGCUCAUCCUCAGGUCAUGCACGUGGACAGGCCGUCUGUGAUCGUCUUCCAGUUUUCUGGAGGUUUCCUGGCUAUAUUGGAUGCACCUCCUUUUCUAGCAGAAGACUCCACUUCAACUUUGUUGGGUUGCUCCUAGCUCACCUAUUUGAGUUUGAGUUGUUACUGGAUUUGCAAUAGAACACCUGGUAUAAAAGCAUCUUUUUAGUUAAAAAGUCAGAACUGGUACCCUGAAAUAGCCAGACGCCCUUCAAGAUGAAACGUCUUUGAUGAAUUCUUACAUUGACAAUAUUUUAGUCAUUUCAAAACUAGCAAAGACGUUUUUUAUGUCGGCAUAUUUUCCAUUCAUAUGUUCUUUUUAUUUUUGAGUUUCUGUGCCAACUUCAAUAAAGAGGUAAAGAUAGUUGGAAUUUUCACAAUAUUGAAUAGAACAUCUUCUGUCCCCAGCGCUGUUAGGCUUCACAGGAAGUUAGUUGGAGUUGAGCAAGUGUUGGAGUGGGUAUUUGUUUGCGUUAUUGAAUGGAAAGGGUCUUUGGUCCCAAUCUCCAGAGAGUGAGAAGACUCACCCAGCAAGUUAACAAUUCUUCAGACAGGUACUUUGAUAAUGGAAAUAACUUGCUUAUAGUUCUGUGAAAUGCAGAUGGAACAGAGUGGGGCAUCCAGUGUUUAGAAUGAAGGAGAUGAGAGUGUCGCUGGUUCACAGCAGGGAGAGGCUGCAGGCGCUGCGUUGUGCGUUUCUGACGAGGUCCUUAUUUUGUCUCGCAUGUCUAGUUUUGGGGUUUUUGUUUUUUUAAUUCAAAGUCCUCUAUGCUAUCUCAGGUAAUAUUGACCUGGUGUAUGUGGCACUCUUAGUUCCCCUAUUCUUUUAACAGGAGCAGAGAGCUGUAAUAGACCAUGCUUUCUAAGCUUGCCCAGACUCUUAUCAAUAGCGUAUUUUGCGAGAUCACAUCUUGAGGUUCUUCAAUCAUCAGGACAUUGUUAUUUCGUAUGUCCUAUAGAAGAUUUCCAAAUCCCGUGCUUUACAGUGUUCUCAGACAUUUAUGUGGAUUUCCCUUUCCUCUAACUGAAUUUUGUGUUCUUUUAAGUAUAUUUCUUAUUCAGUCUCUUUUCUGCCUCCCCUCAAAUAGUAACUCCAGAUUUCAUAAUGCCAGUCUUCACAUUCCAUAUCUUUCUGGUACAGCCAUUCCCCUACAGCCUUAGAUUUUAUCUUUGUGUCAGCAGCUUUUUUCCCCGGGACCCUUCUUCACGGUCUUCUAAGUCAAUGUUAGUUUGGGAUUGUUGGCCUUGUAUAAGUUCUGCAGAGCAUCCAGUGUCAAAAUAGGACCAACUAAUAAUCACAGUAUUACUUAGUAUAGGCUUUGUGACAAUGUAAAUGACAUGUGAAGAAAACUGUUCUCAGGUUACUAUGCUGAAAUUCCAAAAUGUCUGAGUUUUGAAUAGUAAUCACCUUGUUCUGGUUUUGAAGCAAGUACGUUCGGAAAAAAGUUGGUUGACUGUUUUUGUUUGACUUCUAAAAUAAAUGUUCAAAUUGUCUAUUUCUAAAAAGUUUACUAAAUGCCUAGGGCAGUUGAACAUACUCUUGUUUAAGAGGGUGUUGCUAAAUUUUUUAUUGUCAUUAUUGAAAUCUGUGUGGCAAAAUACUUGUCAGCACUUUUCCCUCCCUUUUUAUCUCCUAUUUUCAGGAGUCAAAUGCAGCCAUAAACUGUAUCCUUGUCUGACACUUUAACUACAUUUCCAGUUAGGGGAGUUUAUUGCCAAAUUAAAUUUGGCUGUUUUAUCCCCACCAACAUACAUACUAAGAUGGUGUACUUAGAAAGUGUUUGGACUACUUUUAAAACCCCAGUGAUGUUACUAAUCCGUAUGUGGACUAGUGAUGAAUAGCUAUUUUCUUAAGAGUUUAAAUGCUGACAUUUGGUGGAGUAGAGAGUAACUUGGAUUCUGUCAGUUCAAGUAUUCUUAGUACAGUUGCUUCCUUAAUUGUCCUUAAUAGACUGAUCAUACUGGAAUCUAUAUAGAGUUUGAGCCUUUACAAUCUAUGUGAAGAUGUGCUUCAAACAUUUCUGGACAAAUCUUUUGUACUUCUGGAAGAAUGUAAUAAGUAAUCUUCUAGGCCACUUAAAUAGAAUAUUCUUGAGAAAUUUGGUACCAAAUUGAAUAUUCUUGAGAAAUUUGCUUUCCUAUUAUGCCAUUUGACAUUUCAAAUCAGUAAUCAUGUUCUUGUAAUGUUAUGACAUGAAGCUUGUGAUAGAAACUGUAUUUUAUUGUUUUUUGGAAUAUAAUUCAUAAACACAUAAUUACUUGAAUAUUGUUUGAGAUCACUGCCAUGUCAGGGCAGUUCCCGCUGAGUUAGAUAGUCCGAUAUAAUCUCAUUCAGGAGGCUUGAAACACAGGUGACUUCAUCUUGUGAAUCUAACCGUUCUGUCGCUGCGUAUCCAGACCAACACCUGGCACGGCUUCGUGAGCUGUGGUUUCGGUCUCUGCUCGCUCAUUCUGCAUGUUUAUUUUGGACAGUCUUUUGUUAAGCAUGGUGCUUGUACUGAUUUAAAUAAAAUGUUAACGUGAAAGUA